GGAGCCAUAGGGGGCGCCCGCCUCAAUGUGAGAGGCUGAGCGCCACUGCGCACGCUCCGCCACGUCUGCCCAGCUGGGGAGGAGCGGCUGUGAGCUAUGACCUGGAAAUCUGGGGAGGGAAGGCGGGCAGGAAGGGGUCCCCCAACCCCGAGUCUCCCCGGGGAAGGAAGUAGCUGGAGGGAAGGCUAAAGGAGCCACCUGCUCGCAUGUGGAUAAACCAGGUUUGCUUCCCAGCAUUUCCAUGCAAAAAAAGAAUUUUGGCAAGGGGGGGGCUUCCCUGCCUGGCGCUCCUCCACCCUCUGCCAACGGACCCCUUUCAAGCUUUUGGAUGUAAAAAACUGGAGGCCUCUCGAGAGCUGAAUGGCUUGAAACUCUUCUCUGGGAUUCUCUGGGCAACUCCCUCAAAUCCCGGGACUGAAAAAAACCUUUCCAGACUCAGGAGAUCCACAGGGCCCUUCUGGAUCCCUGUCAGAGAAGAGACUGGAAAUGGAUGCAAACCAGCCAGCUGGGAAGCGAGUGGGAAAAGGCCCUGCUGCUGCUCAGCUGGGAAGCUGUGAGGAGGUCUGGGCAGGACCUGGGCAGAAGAUCCUGGAGGAAGCUCUUAGUUCUGAGAUUCAGCACUGGCGCUUCAGGAACAGCCCCUUUCAGGAGGCUGAGAGACCACGAGAGCUUUGCAGCCGCCUUCACCGCCUUUGCUGGGGGUGGUUGCAGCCCGAGAAGCACACCAAGGCUCAGAUGUUGGACCAGGUGAUCUUGGAGCAGUUUCUGGCUGUCCUGCCUGGGGAGAUGCAGUGCUGGGUGCGCGAAUGCCGAGCAGAGACCAGUUGCCAGGCGGUGGCCCUGGCUGAAGGCUUCCUUCUGACCCAAGUAGAGAAGGAGCAGGGAGGACACCAGGUUCUGAGGUCCUUCAUGGAGGUAGGGACUAAUUUUCCUGAGGAAAGGAUGAAUCCCACAAAUCCCUCUCGGGAUCCAUGUUUUAGAGGACUCUACAAAGAGGAAGGUCAAUGUCAAGACACCUCACUAGGGAACAAAAUGGAGUCGCUGUUAUUCAUCCACUCAUCUCCACAUACUGGUGGAGCUGAAAGAACAGCUGGACCUUCAGCUCAGGGUCCUGUGUCCUUUGAUGAGAUGGAUGUUCAUUUCACCAAUGAAGAAUGGUCGCUGCUGGAUCCCGACCAGAAAGCCCUGUACCAAGAAAUAAUGUUGGAGACGUCUAGGAUUGUAACCUCUUUAGUUGAUGCACAGAAAAAUGAAAAUUAUCGAGAGCCACGUGUGGUGCCAUCACAAAUAAUCGAAACUGAAAUACGAGAACAGCAAUGUGCAGAUAAGUGGGGAAGAAGGAGAUAUGAGAAAAAAGAAUCUUACACUUGGAGAGAAAACUUGACCUUUGAAUGUGUGGAAAUGGAUAACUUCCAGAUUCAACAUGAUUUCAAAGGAAGCAGUACGGGAAAGUGUCGAGGAAAUGGGAAGAGAUUCAAACUGAAACCCAAUUUCAGUAAUUGCUGCAAAAUUGGAAAAAACUUCAGUUAUAACACUAAAAUUAUCCCAUAUAAAAUAAUCCAUGCAAAGGAGAAGCCCUACAAAUGUUUGGACUGUGGAAAGAACUUUAGGUGGAGAGGUAAUCUUAACUAUCAUAAAAAGAUCCAUUUGGGGGAAAAGCCCUUCAAAUGUGCAGAAUGUGGAAGAAGUUUCAAUAUGAACAGUUCCUUGACUUAUCAUAAAAGGAUCCAUAUGGGAGAGAAACCCUAUAAAUGCACGGACUGUGGUAAAAGCUUCACUAUGAACAGUGCCUUUACUUUUCAUAAAAGAAUCCAUAUGGGAGAGAAAUCUUACAAAUGCCUGGAAUGUGGAAAAAACUUCAGCACCAAAAGUUAUCUGACCUCCCAUAAAAGGAUCCACACAGGGGAAAAACCAUAUAAAUGCGUAGACUGUGGAAAAAGCUUCAGUAUGAAAAGUUCCUUUACUUACCAUAAAAGGAUCCACAUGGGAGAGAAACCAUAUAAAUGCCUGGAAUGUGGGAAAAGCUUCAGUAUGAAUAGUUCUCUAACAUAUCACAAAAGGAUCCACACAGGAGAGAAACCCUAUAAAUGUCCGGAGUGUGGAAAGAGCUUCAGCAGCAGCAGUUAUCUAACUUCCCAUAAAAGGAUCCAUACAGGGGAAAAACCCUAUAAAUGCAUAGAGUGUGGGAAAAGCUUCAGUUUGAACAGUUCCCUUGCUUCUCAUAAAAGGAUCCAUACAGGAGAGAAACCUUAUACAUGCACGGAGUGUGGAAAGAGCUUCAGCAGCAGCAGUUCUCUUACUUGCCAUAAAAGGAUCCAUUCAGGGUUGAAACCUUAUAUAUGCAAUGAAUGUGGGAAGAGUUUUAUUUCAAGCAGCUCCCUUACGAAACACAUUAGUAUCCACUCGGGGGAGAAAUUAUAUCCUUGUACGGAGUGUGGGAAAAGCUUUCGACUGAAUAGUCACCUAACUUCCCACAAGAGAAUGCAUACUGGAGAAAAACCCUAUCGAUGCACGGACUGUGGAAAAAGCUUUAGUAUCAAUAGUUCCCUUACUUCUCAUAAGAAGAUCCAUUCAAGGUUGAAACCAUACAUAUGCAAGGAAUGUGGGAAGAGUUUUGUUUCUAACAGCUCCCUAACGAAUCAUGUUUGUAUCCACCUAGGUGAGAAACUAUAUCAGUGUACAGAGUGUGUGAAAAGUUUCAGGUGGAAAAGUCACCUAAUUUCUCAUAAAAGGAUGCAUACAGGAGAGAAACCCUAUAAAUGCAUGGACUGUGGAAAAAGCUUCAGUAAGAACAGUUCCCUUACUUCUCAUAAAAGGAUCCAUACGGGAGAAAAACCCUAUGAAUGCACAGAGUGUGAGAAAAGAUUCAGCAAGAGCCGUUACCUUACUUCCCAUAAACGAGUCCACACACGGGAGAAGCGAUAAAUAUGCUCUGAAUAUGGAAAGAGUUUUUGUGAAACUCUUAUGCUGCCUAACAGAAAUGGGGAAAAAAUAUACAUGCAUGAUAUGUGGAAAGAAAUUUAUGUGGAGCAAUCAACUUACUUUCCAUAAAAGGACCCACAUGGGGAACAUGUCUUUUGGGAUUGAAGUGUUCUGAAUUCCUGUAAAAGGAUUGGCUGUAAUAUCAAACGUAUACAGUAAAUGCAGAACUUCACUCAAGAAUUAUGAACUGAUGUGUCUAAAGGCUCCAUACAAGGGAAAUAGCAUGUAAGCAUGUAGUGUGGAAAGAGCUUCAAAUGCUUUUCUUUCUGCAUGUGCCUUGCAGAUAGGUUUUUUUUUUUUUAAAUUUCUGAUGAUACCAGUCCCUGCAGGGUUUUUUUGGCAGGGUUUUUCAAAGUGCUUUGCUAUUGCUGCCAUCAUGGGGUUGAGAGAAAGUGACAGGCCCAAAGUCACUUAAUGUCUAAAGUGGGACUCCAAGUUUCCAGCCUGGUCUCUUAACCACUGCACCAAGCUGGUUUUUUCAAGUGGAAUAGAAACUUUAUUUUUGGAAAAUAAGUUAUUGCAGGUACACGCGGGAGAAACAUUAGAACGCAUAGAACGUGGGAAUAGUUUGAGAAGGAAAUGUCUACUUGGGAAAGGAAUCCAUAAAUGCAGGGAGAAUGGGAAGAAGUUAAGCAAAAACAGGUUCCUUAAUUCCCAUGAAAAGAUCCAUAUGGAAGAACCACAGAUACAUGUGUCUGGGAGAAGAAUGAUCAAGUAGGUGUCUUGAGAACUUCAAUACAAGGCGCUCUUAUUUCCCAGAAAAAGUUUCACAUAGGAGAGAAUGUAGAUAUAAAUACAUGGAACACCAAGAGAGUCAGCCUUUUUAUUUGUCUUAUUUUCUGUAAAAGUAUCAACUCUUAAGGGUCCAGUAAGUACAAUGAUCCCACAGAAAAAAGUGAACAGAGGAUUGUCAUAGGAGAAACUGAAUAAAUGUAUGAAUUAUGGAAAGAGCUCCCAAGAUAGAUUUUUUUAAAUACCAGAGAUAUAACCUAGUUAGUUAUAUCUGCUCACAAGAAUCUUUUAUUAAACUGUCCUGCUUAUUAUUAUGCCAGUAUUUGUCAAGACCUGUGCCUGGUCAGUUUGCUUUAUUUAGGUAGAAGCAACAUCUUAAGUUGUUCUGGGAUCAGGUUGCAGGCUUUGUGGAGAGCUACAUAUGUAAGCAAAGCAGGGGGAAAUGUAUGUUUGUACGUGUAUGUGUACUUUAGCUCUAAUUAUAAAUACCUGCCUUCCUUCAAUAUAUAGCCAAGUAUUUAAGCUCUUAGUUCUUUGUUUUUUAUGUAUCAUGAUGUACAUUAGUUGUGGUUUAUCUGUGAAACAUCUUUUCCAGAUGUUUAUAUGUACAUGCCCGUUUGGUUGAGUAUGUUUCUGGUUGCAAAAUCACAUUAAUCCUGCUGUAAAGAGAAGUGUGGCCAGUGAGGUUAUGAUUGCAACUAUUGCCUCUUUACUUUAAAAAUGUUUAUGGACAUCCAGGUCAUGGUUGUCCCAAAAUGCUUUUUCAAGAGGCAACUGGGCUUUCUUUUUUUUUUUCUUUGAAGACAUUCCACUUCUCAUCCAAGGAACUCAGAGUAGAUGAAGCUUCUUGGAUGAGAAGUGAAAUAUUUUCAAAGAAAAAACAGAAAGUCCAGUUGCCUCUUGAAAAAACACCUUUGGGAUUACUUUAAAAAUGUUUUUAUGAAUCCAACAGUGUAUUCAUAUGAACAAUAUUUUUUAAGAAGGGAACUAAACAGCUUGAUUUAAAUUACUCAGUGUCUUCUAACAAGGAUCAUAUUUUCUAACCUCUUAUUAUUAAAUAUAUAUAUCAUUCAUAUCAAAGAGAAUCCUUUCUGGCUUUGUUACAUUUCCAGACCACUGAAUUUGUCAAGGAUUUCAAUAUCACUUUGGUACCACUGUAUAUUUGGUGAUAUCAAAGUAAUCAGAAAGGUCAAUCCUAUUUGAAAUUUUAGAGGACCGUGGCACUGCCAAUUGGAGAAAUCUUGUGUUGGUGUGAUUGUGACUGUGUUUUUUACCUUACUAUAGCUUUUAAAAAAUGUUUCUGUAUGUUCUGAUUAACUGUAUUUCUCAUUUUGGAGGGUUAUUAUAAUAAAUUAUGGGAAAGAGUUGUUGCACAAUA